CCUAAGCUUGGUGCUCGUUUCUCCAGAAACGUACUUCGCAUUCUGAACAAUUGGCUUGUGCAUCAUAAGCAGGACCCAUACCCAAACGACGAUGACAUCAGUUUCUUGCAAAGCCAGACUGGGUUGAAUCGGAAGCAAAUUACCAACUGGUUCGCGAAUAGCAGACGGAGGGGUCGUAUGCGAUACGUGAGACCGGCUUCUCCACAGGUACGUGGUUCGGGGACGGAUCCUAUCGACAUCCUCCCUCGACCUGGGACUCCAGCAUUAAGAGAAAGAACAAAGUUCAAGGAUCCGCUGCAACGGUGGGUUGAUUCCCCGCCAGAAGAAGAGGGUGCGGCCAUGAGAUGUAUCGCGCAAGCGAUAGCGUCAGGGUCAGGAGCUUCUGCAUGUAUCCCUGGCCCCAACGAAAACGAUGUCUGGUCAUCUCCCUACUAUAUGUCCUCUGCAAGCAGUGCCGGAACGUCCGAUUCGGGAUCCCAAUCCUCUCAUAGAAGUACGCGCAUCUCAAGACGAAAACGCCGCCGUCCAAGGGCAGAAGUCAGCUCUUUCCAAGCUGUGGAGUUACCAUAUCAAUGCACGUUUUGCACCGACACGUUCAAGACAAAGCAUGACUGGCAGCGUCAUGAGAAGUCGCUGCACCUAGCUCUCGAGCAAUGGGUCUGUGGAUCAGAUUCCCCACUUGCGACAAAACCUGGCGUUGCAGGACUAUUCUGUACAUUCUGUGGGCAGAUGUCGCCCGAUGAUGCGCACAUGCAAUCGCACAAUCAUUUGUUGUGUAGCGGACGUGACUUGAAGGAACGAACAUUUCUCCGCAAGGACCACCUUACGCAACACUUAAAACUCGUUCAUGGGGCUAAAUACGAAGACUGGUCUAUGAAACACUGGAAGAUAUGCAAGCUUGAUGUACGAUCACGAUGUGGAUUCUGCAAUACAUGGAUGACUUCCUGGGGAGAGCGAAUCGACCAUCUGGCUGAGCAUUUCAAGUCAGGCUCUACGAUGGCAGAAUGGCAAGGCGAAUGGGGAUUUGAUGAUGAGGUUCUGAAAUGGGUUGAGAACUCCCUGCCGCCUUAUUUCAUUCAUCUCGAGCGUCAAUUACCAUUUCCGAUCAAGGCCAGUAAUGCCUUACACGGCUUACCUAUCGACGCAUAUGAGCUUAUCAAAUCCGAGAUGGAAAUCUUUACGCAUGACUGCUAUACCAGAACAGGCAUGUUGCCGACACAUAACGCAAUGCAACUGGAAGCAUGCCGCAUCAUCAUCGCAUGCGAACACAAGGGUGGAGAGGACAUUUCGACUUCGGCAUUAACAAAAGGCGACUCUUGGCUUCGCGAUUUGAUCAUGUCGUCAGAAGAUCUGAUCAGAGAAGCAAGAUCUGGAUCGAUGGAGCUAUCAAAUGAUGGUGAAAUCUCCUUUUUAAAGAUUCAUGGCCAGCAUUAUCUAUUCAAAAAAUGCCAAUUCGAAUCGCAACUCCGGAUAUUCGUCGAAUUUGAGAGGCUAAUGGAUGUUCACGUACACGAUGUGCACAUCCAAAACGAGGCUUGUGAAAUCAUCCGGCGCAAGGAGGAAGACUCACUCACUUCAUCUGAGAGCUUCACAAGUUGGAUUAUCACACUUGUGCGCUCCAACGCAGAUUGGCUUUCCAAAUUCAAGGAGCGGAAUGGCAUAUCUGCAAAGGAUGUAACAAACCAUUUGGUGUCUGGGUUGAGCCUAGGAUCGGGUUCGAGCGAGAGUUUUCCAUGGUUACCAACCUCUUCACCAUCGCCUCCAGUGUUCUUGUCGACAGAGUAUGAGGUCGACCCGUCUGCAGUAGAUCUAAUCCAAGCAGAUCAUAUGCCUGCCGUGCCAGCACCCUUGACUGAAGCAUCCGAAUUGCAGGGCCUGGCCAAUUACCACAUAGAGGAUGCGAACUUUUAUCGUGGAUUUGUGGCAAACUUGAAGCGCUGGGUGGCAGCUACCAUGUGCACGGAGAACCCAAACUCCCAUAUACCUUCGGAUGCAGAAAUACAGCAUCAGGCUAGGUGGUUACUCUACAAUGGAGGGGAUGCAUGGAAUCAAACGCCUGCAGAUUUUGUUGAGUGGCUAGAGCCUUUCAAGAGGCAAGUAGGGAUU